AUGGAAGGACUUCACAACCUCAGCGGUUUCCAUUGCCGGCGAUGUAACCGGCCCGAUUCGGCAGAUGCUAAUAUGGUCGCAUGCGACAAUUGCAACAUGUGGGAGCAUUUCACUUGUGCCGGAGUGGACGAAACAAUAAAAGCUCGCGCCUAUUUGUGCCAGGAGUGCAUGGUGGGGGAACCGCUACGACAGGAAUCACUACUGAUUCCUAAACCACCUAAACCUGACGGAAGCACAUCGUCUAGUACUCGUGCAGCUCUUUUAGAGGCAAAUAUGAAAAUCCUAGAGGAGGAGCAAUUUAUAAAGGAACAAGCAGCUAGGGAGUACGAAGCUCUCAGGAAUCGGGAGAUGGCAGAAAAGCAGCGCCAGAUUGCCGAAAAGAAAAUGCUAAUGGAGGAGGAACGUCGACUACGAGAGUUGAAACUAGAGGAAGACAAAACUUUUCAAGCGAAGCAGCAACUGAUUCGUCAAGAGUCGCUAGAACAAAAACGGAAGCUCCUCCAGCAAAUUGCAGCAGAAGCGAGUAGCAAGGGCGGAUCGACAGCCGGAUCAUUAAUUGGGUCGAAGGAAAAGGUAUCCGCGUGGCUAGGAAGACAAGGUGGACGAUCAACUGGGAAUGAAUCAGGAGACAGUAGGAAAAUCGAUUCGAAAUCAUGUGAGAUUCCCAGUGACCCAUCAGGAAGCGUAAAGGACGAAGCGACUGGACAGGAUCAUAUCAGAGAUCACCCGAUUCCUCCGUCCGACGGGGCGACUGGACAGGAUCACAUCAGAGAUCGCCCGAUUCCUCCGUCUCCGACCUCAAACUACGACAACGUUUCCCUUGAUGGGGCUCAACAGGUGGUAUUCCCUCAAGCACAAUUAUCGCCGCAGGUCAAUGCGAGACCGGGAAGACAUCCUGCGAUGUUGGGUACGCAACAAAUAGCUGCUCGACAUGUUUUGGGGAAGGAACUCCCUCCCUUCAGCGGUAACCCUGAAGACUGGCCCAUAUUCAUUAGCAGCUUCGAACAAUCGACUGCUACCUGCGGCUUUUCCGAUGCAGAAAACCUAAUACGUCUACAACGGAGCCUAAAGGGUCGCGCUUUAGAAUCAGUACGAAGUCGCUUAUUGCUGCCCUCAGGAGUUACACAUGUGAUCCAGACGCUUCGAACGCUCUACGGCAGGCCUGAACUUCUUAUUCGAUCGCUAAUAGGGAAAAUAAAAAAUGUUCCAGCCCCGAGAUACGAUCGAUUGGAAACUAUAAUGGAGUUUGGGUUAGCCGUUCAAAAUCUCGUGGACCAUCUUGUGGCUGCACAACAAGAAAAUCACCUUUCAAACCCAGUAUUGAUGCAAGAACUGGCGGAGAAAUUACCGGGUACGUUGAGAUUGGAGUGGGCCAUGUACAAGAACCGCGAUGCUACACCUACUUUGCGAACUUUCGGCAGCUUUAUGUCUAGAUUAGUCACGGCUGCUAGUGAGGUAACGUUUGAUUUGCCAUACACCGGUGCAGACGAGAGGCAGAGAACGAGAGCCCAUAUCCAGACUCACCUAUCUGACUUGGCACUUCCUCCCAUCGCCAAUUCGUCUCCUGUGAAUCGCAAGACUGGUCGGCCAUGCGCAGUGUGUGAUCGCGAAGGUCAUCGGGUAGCUGAAUGCAAUACGUUCAAAGCGAUGACUGUAGAGGAACGUUCGAAAUUGGUUCAACAGAAAAGUCUAUGUCGAACCUGCCUCAACAAUCACGGAAAAUGGCCCUGCAAAUCAUGGCAAGGUUGCGAUAUAGAGGGAUGUCGUCUUAAGCAUAACUCCCUUCUCCACCAGAUGUGCUCUACUGCUCAUUCAGUUAACGUUUCCGCCACCUUCCCUACCUCUAUGACAGAUAUGUUUCCUUUUUUUCGCAUAAUACCCGUAGUCCUGUACGGAGGAAAACGAUCCAGACCGAUCUUUGCCUUCAUAGAUGAAGGAUCGUCGUUGACACUGUUGGAGAAAGCUGUCGCAGAAGAACUAGGUUUAGCUGGAAUACCAGAACCACUGACAUUGCGGUGGACAGGCAAUGUUACACGUGAAGAAUCGCUAUCGCAAAAAGUUCAGUUAAACAUUUCAGGCGAUUCCUGCGCCACUAGAUACAAGUUACUUAAUGCCCGCACCGUCAGUAGUCUCGUUCUCCCUUCCCAAACAUUGAAGUAUCACGAACUAUCGCAGAUGUUUCCUCACCUUCGGGGACUGCCGGUGAAAGAUUAUGAACUUGUCCAACCAAAACUUCUUAUCGGUUUAGAUAACCUACGUUUGGGUGUUCCGCUUAAAGUACGACAAGGUCAGUCUGGAGAACCCAUUGCAGCAAAGUGUAGGCUCGGAUGGGGUAUAUAUGGAUGUGUACCAAGCAAAACAAAUACGUUUGUCAACUUUCAUACCGCCGAAGCUGCAGAUUCUGACUUUGUGCUCAACGAGCAACUGCGAGACUAUUUCACUUUAGAAAACAUGGGAGUACUCUGCCCUGGUAAAAUCUUAGAAUCGGAGGAGGAUCAACGUGCCAGACGGCUGUUAAAAGAAACUACACGGCGAACUGCAUCCGGAUUUGAGACCGGACUUUUGUGGAAAACUGACGACCUGAACUUUCCGAAUAACUAUCCGAUGGCCAUGCGCCGUCUGCAGUCAUUAGAGCGGAAGCUGCAAAAGGAACCCCUGCUGAAACAGCGUGUUAGUAAGCUGAUAGCGGAAUACAAAGAAAAAAAAUACGCUCAUAAGGCAAACAAGUUCGAGUUGUCGACUGCGGAUUCCAAGAGGGUGUGGUAUUUACCGCUGGGAGUAGUUAUUAAUCCCAAAAAGCCAAGUAAAAUCAGGCUAAUCUGGGAUGCUGCAGCAAAGACCGACGGCGUGUCGUUUAAUUCACAGCUCCUCAAAGGACCGGACUUGUUGACGCCCCUGCCCACUGUUCUAAGUCAGUUUCGCCAGUAUCCGAUAGCCGUUUGUGGAGACAUCAAGGAGAUGUUCCACCAGAUAAAAAUACGAGAACAGGAUUGUCAGUCACAGCGGUUCCUCUGGCGCGAAAAUCCCACCGAUCGGCCAGAGAUCUACGUAAUGGACGUAGCUACAUUUGGGUCGACGUGCUCUCCCGCGUCCGCCCAAUACGUAAAAAACAUCAACGCAGAGGAGUUUGCCGAACAGUAUCCUCGUGCCUCGACUGCCAUACAGAAGAAACACUAUGUUGACGAUUACCUGGAUAGUUUCCCAACCAUACAGGAAGCAAUAGAAGUAGUCAACGACGUUAAAGCAGUGCACCUAAAAGGCGGAUUUGAGUUGCGGAACUUUCUGUCCAAUUCAAUAGACGUCCUAAAGGGUAUUGGCGAAAUCCCAGCCAAAGAUUCAAAAUGCUUGCUGCUGGACAAAGAAGAGAAUGCAGAAUCAGUUCUCGGGAUGCGCUGGAUACCAAAGGACGACGUAUUCACUUACUCGUUUGCGCUUCGUAAUGACCUUCAACCAAUCCUAGCCGAGAAUUAUAUUCCCACCAAACGUGAAGUACUAAAAGUACUAAUGAGCUUGUUCGACCCGUUGGGUUUUAUAUGCUUCUUUCUUGUGCACGGGAAAAUACUGAUGCAAGACAUAUGGGCAUCCGGAUCCGAAUGGGAUGAUCGGAUUAACAUCGACCUUUAUCAGCGCUGGAAACAGUGGACGGAUCUCUUUCCGCAGCUAAACACAAUUCGCAUUCCCCGCUGCUACUUUCGUUCUCCAUACAAGAACAACCUUCAGAUUCACGUAUUUGUCGACGCUAGUGAGGCAGCGUAUUCCUGCGUGGCCUACUUUCGCUUGGCCUCUGAGACGGGAAUUGAAGUAUCGUUGAUCGGUGCCAAAUCUAAAGUGGCCCCCCUGAAGAUGCUUACAAUUCCUAAACUUGAAUUGAAAGCGGCGGUUCUUGGGGUUCGCUAUCUGGAAUCCAUUCAGAACUAUCACACCUUUGAUAUCCAUCAAAGAUAUUUGUGGACCGAUUCAACAACCGUUCUGGCAUGGAUCACGUCCGACCACCGCAGAUACAACAAGUUCGUUGCCUUCCGAGUCAGUGAAAUACUGUCGUCAACUGACCAGAAAGAGUGGAGAUGGCUGCCUUCUAAACUGAAUGCCGCCGAUGAAGCAACCAAGUGGAAAAGCGGCCCAAACCUUCCAACAGACGGAGCCUGGUUUAGAGGCCAAUGUUUCCUACACGAGCCGGAAGGAAUGUGGCCUAAAACAAAGCAAGUCUCGACGACAGAAGAGGAAUUACGUCAUGUUCACCUCCAUAGCAACCCAACACCGUUGAUAGAUGUCGCUCGUUACAGCCAAUGGGUACGACUUCAACGGUCAAUGGCAUUUGUGCUCCGGUUCAUAAGCAAUUUGAAACACAAAACACACGGUUUGCAGAUGCAGUUGGGUAUCCUCCAAUGCGACGAACUUGCUGCUGCGGAAGAGGCGUUAUGGAAAUUAGCGCAAAUGGAGACAUAUCCUAAGGAAAUCGCUUUGCUAAAGCGAACCCAAGGUGAUCCCGAAACUGAACACGCGAUUGUGCCAAAAAAUAGCACUAUCUAUAAAGCUUGGCCAUUUCUUGAUAGACGAGGGAUCCUCAGAAUGCGCAGUCGCAGCGGUGCUGCCGCGUUUGCACCGUUCGAAGCUAAGUACCCAACAAUUCUCCCCAAGCAACACCUAACUACGUUCCUUAUUACAGACUGGUAUCAUCGCCGCUUCCGCCAUGCCAAUCGCGAAACUGUUGUCAAUGAGAUGCGCCAACGGUUCGAAAUACCCAGACUACGAGUUCUCAUACAAAUGGUAAUUAAGAACUGUGCUCAAUGCCGGAUAACGAAAGCACUACCGAAAGUGCCAGCCAUGGCUCCACUUCCCCCAUGCCGCGUUACGCCAUUUGUAAGACCAUUCACUUUCGUCGGAUUGGACUACUUCGGUCCGGUAUUCGUGCGGGUCGGGAGAAGCCAGGUAAAACGGUGGAUCGCUCUGUUCACCUGCCUAACAGUAAGGGCAGUCCACAUGGAGGUGGUUCAUAGCUUAUCCACAGAGUCGUGUAUCAUGGCAGUCAGGCGCUUCGUUGCUCGUCGGGGACCACCGGCGGAGUUCCAUACCGAUAAUGCUACGUGCUUCCAAGGAGCCAGCAGAGAGCUACAAAACGAAAUCACGGCACGGAAUAAUGCGUUAGCUUCAACAUUCACUAGUGCACAAACCCGUUGGAAGUUCAUUCCACCCGCUACACCACAUAUGGGAGGAGCUUGGGAGCGCCUCGUUCGAUCGGUCAAAACAGCGAUAGGAUCGAUCUCGGAUGCGCCCCGUAAGCCAGACGAUGAAACUUUAGAGACAAUUAUCUACGAAGCCGAAGCAAUGGUGAACUGUCGUCCACUCACAUAUAUCCCGCUAGAAUCGGCAGACCAAGAAGCGCUCACACCUAACCAUUUUAUACUGGGAAGCUCUACUGGUACCAAAAAUAUACCAUCCGAGUUCGUGAGUGGUAGUGCCGCGACACUUAGGAGCAGCUGGAAGCUAGCACAGUUCAUUACCAACGAAUUUUGGAAGAGAUGGAUCAAGGAAUAUCUCCCGGUAAUUACUCGAAGGUGCAAGUGGUUCGAAAACACAAAAGAUCUUCAGGUUGGCGACUUGGUAUUGGCAGUAGGCGGAGCGGCGAAGAACCAGUGGAUUCGUGGACGCGUCGUUCAGGUUAUCCAAGGGAGAGACGGAAAAGUUCGUCAAGCAAUAGUACAAACUACAGCAGGCGUUAUGCGGAGAUCAGCGAUUCAGUUGGCUGUUUUGGACGUCGCGAAGAGUAGUAAACCUGGUAAUGAUCAAACGGAGCCGUCAGACGAUCACCAAGGUUCACGGGUGGGGGAAUGUGACGACGAAACACCCUGUUACAGCGACGCGUCAAGCACAUCGCGCCCCCACUAG